AUGCGUCUUGAAGAUUUAAACCAUACUAAUCCAUAUGGUUUGAGUGUGGAAGGUUAUGAUAAUCGAUCAGAUAUUGUUACAAGUAAUGUUGCAAGUAGUCGCACAAGUUUCUUAAUUGGAGAUGGUUUGGAUAAUUUUAUUUUAUUACACACAUAUUCAACCGAAACUGCAACGUUGUCCAAUGGAGUAGUUGUUGAUGAUUUAAACAAUGAUGAAAGUCUGAAUGUCAUUGUAUUUAAUCGUAUAACUAGUACUGCAAAUGUUUUUCUUGGAUAUGAUAAUGGAAGUUUUGAAACACAGAUUCUUUACUUUGUAGAUUAUCAAUCGUCCUAUAUGACUUCAAUAAUCAUAGUCAAUUGGAUGUGA